AACACAUAUGUUUAUAAAUAAGUUCUUGGUAUAGUAUAAAUCUGCUUAGUAUCUGUAGCACGAGAAUGAGAAAUAUAGAAAUAACCUAAAAAAAUAACUUAGAACACCACAAGAAGUAUACAAGGCUCAGUGUAUACAGCGGAACACUGAGAAGUCACGAGAGCAGCGAUUAUAAAGUGAAAAUGGAAGUUUCUUUUAUUUUUAUAGAAAACUUAAAUAAAUACAAUUAAUUUGAAAUUUUCAAUUUAAUAUAACUUACUUAUUUUAAUUUUGUAUAUACUUUUAUUUUUUUUUUCACUAAUUACUUUCACCUCUAAUUUUUUUAUAUUUUUUGUGUUUUUUUUUUUUGGUUUUUGCAUAAAAGAAGGAAAGAAGUCUAUUGGCAUCGUCACUCUCGUGGCUACAAUCCAUGACAGUUGCAAUAUUUUCAGCCCAACACUGUAGUUUGUAUGAGUUUUUUACGAUUAUAUCAACAGAGAGUGAGAGAGAGAGAGAGAACGGCAAAUGAAUGCCGACAAAAUUUACGCGAAAUUACACAGACGGAAAUGCAUGUAUAAAAUGGUAGGUCGCUGUCACUGAAGCACACAUAUUUAAGAAGCCUCAACGCCGCCUAACAUCAUCCUUAGUUUUCGGCAAGCAAAAAGUAGUGAAAAAACAAAAAAAAAAAAAAACAAUUUGUUGACAUUUGACAAGAGAGAAAAAAAAACUAUAAAUUAAAUCAUUGUCCAUAUAUUGUUUAUAUGCGUACGGUUAGCUGGCAAAGUCACAAAGUGUUCAAAAACCAUAAUUAUGAAGGUGCUCGAUGCUUCAGCAAUAGUACACGCUCACAAUUGGCCAUUCGUCUUACUGGUUUCGCUCAUUUUACGCUGUCAAAAUGCACACAGCGCCACACCAGAGCGGCAGCGUUUGAAAACUCUGGAAUAUGCAAAUCAAUACAAGUCACCGGCUUGGUCCAAUACAGCCAAUACACAGCACGAUGAUUCAGUCAGAUUGUUUAAAGUACAACAACAACAACAACAAAAAUAUCAACCAUCAAAAUUUAAUGGUAUCGCACAAAAUUAUCAAAAUUAUAGAAGCACAGACCACUAUGAGCGUACGUUAUAUGCAGCUGAUAAGCCGCAGGUAUAUUUUAAAGCUUACCACCAACCACAACAAGAUAUUGGAAAAAUCGAGACAGAAUAUCAAGAUACUGAUGAUAUUUAUCAUGUAGCAAAGCAGAAAUAUGUGAACCAAUAUAGUUUGCCAGCAAACACAUAUCGACUACCUCAACACGUAAGCAGUCAAGCGACACGCCCACCAUUGGCUGCACAAAUUUUAUACGCUCGAGAACCGUUGUCACAGCACGAGUCUGCAAUCGCAACAAACAAACAUAAAAAUCAUUCCAAUCAGUUACUACAUGCACCAAAACGACAAACUGAAAAGGGCACACAUCCUGCCUAUAACAAUCAAUUACCCUAUCCACCGUCCUUUAUUAGCAUCACAACAACAACAACAACGCAAUCACCAACAUACAACACACGAGAGAUUGGUAUUGAGACCGAUCUGAAUAAGAUCAAUUAUAUUCCCGAUGUUUUCGCCAAACGUCAGCAUACUUCAUUAUUAGACUCGUAUAUACCCAGUUGGGUGAUGGUGCGUAUGUUGCAACAACAUAAACGACAACAACAAAAACAUAAAUUGCCUAAAUUUGUUGCAACACAUACUUUGGCGUAUCCAAUAACAAAAUCGUAUGCCCAAAAGUAGACUAUAAGUGUAGUUGCUAUAUGCGCAUAGUCUACCUUCAGGCGCAAUUAAUUUCGUAUUUUUCCAGUUAUUGUAUAUCUGAAUUUAUAGUCAUUUACUGAGUUAUUCAUAUAAUAAAUAAAUUUAAAUUAACACCAA